AUGAGUUCCACCAACACAGACCAGCGUCUGGACCAUCUUCUGAGCGCCGUCGAGAGCGAGUUUCAGAAGGGCAGCGAAAAGGGCGAUGCCUCCGAGCGGGAUAUUAAGCUGACCCUUGACGACGGAGAGCUCUGGAACAAGUUUAAGGAGCUGACUAACGAAAUGAUCGUUACCAAAACCGGCAGGCGGAUGUUUCCAGUACUCCGAGUAAACGUGUCCGGCCUCGACCCGAACGCCAUGUACUCCGUUCUUUUGGACUUCGUUGCGGCGGACAACAACCGUUGGAAAUACGUCAACGGGGAGUGGGUUCCGGGGGGAAAGCCCGAGCCGCAAAGUCCGAGCUGCGUGUACAUCCACCCGGACUCUCCCAACUUCGGAGCGCACUGGAUGAAGGCGCCUGUCUCCUUCAGCAAAGUCAAACUCUCCAAUAAACUCAACGGGGGAGGCCAGAUCAUGUUGAACUCCCUGCACAAAUACGAGCCCCGCAUUCAUAUAGUGAAAGUCGGAGGGAUUCAGAAGAUGAUCAGCAGCCAGUCGUUCCCUGAGACGCAGUUCAUCGCGGUCACCGCAUAUCAGAACGAGGAGAUCACGGCUCUGAAGAUAAAGCACAACCCGUUUGCAAAAGCGUUCUUGGACGCAAAAGAGAGAAGUGACCACAAGGAAGUGGCAGACCAUGGCGGGGACAGCCAGCAGUCUGGAUACUCACAGCUUGGUGGCUGGUUCCUGCCCGGAAACGGUUCCAUCUGCCCGAGCAGCAGCCCUCCCCAGUUCAGCGGGGGUCCCGGCCUCUCGUCGGGGUCGUACUGCGAGCGUUACUCCGGCCUCCGGAGCCACCGGGCCGCCCCCUACCCCAGCCACUACUCGCACCGCAACUCCAGUACAAACAACUAUAUGGACAACACCUCAACUGGCCUGGCGGCCCACGACAGCUGGUCCGCACUUCAGAUCCCUAACUCCAAUGGAAUGAGCUCUCUGUCCCACACCACCAAUGCCAGCUCCAAUCCCAGCCAGUACCCGAGCCUGUGGUCGGUGACCGGGACGUCCCUCAACCCCUCCGGCUCCCCUCCGGGCUCCCUGGCGGGCGGCUUGACCUCCCAGUUUUUGCGGGGCUCCUCUGUGUCCUACUCGGGCCUCACCUCAUCCUCCCUGCCAGCGUCCUCGCCCUCCGCCAUGUACGACACGAGUCUUGCCGAGGUGGGCGGCAGCGAUGCCCAGUUCGAGAGCUCCAUCGCCAGGCUCACCGCCUCCUGGACCACCCCUGUGGCUCAAAGCUACUGA